AUGGUCAAGUGGCUGUUGGGAGUUGAUCUACUAUCUACGGGAUACCCCCAACUACUUAGUCUGGAAAGCGAGGACGGAACCAUAGACGAGCAGAGAAAAGCGUUUGGAUGGGCAGGAGGUGUAUUCCGGCGCGUGGAGACCCUCCGAAAGCCGGUGUUGGACUGGUGGAAGCGGAUUGGCGCAGCUAGGAUUGUAGCCCCUGGACAGCUGGGAAAGACUGGGACGGGCUAUCAAGUCAGGAAAUUAGUGAUCGUUCCCCAUGAUCUCACAUUGGCUGAUAGCCCAGGCGGUGAGAGGCCGGGCCGGUCUUUUGGGGGAAUUCUGGAGUCCCAGCGAUCCAGAGUGCAAACUGAAAGGGGAAAAGAGGGAAAAAGGGCUCCGCACACCGGAGCUCUUAUCGGCCCUCCCAAGUGCAAAGUCGGAAGUCCCAUUGGAACACUUUCUCGGUCGGCAGCCCGUUCUCCAUUUUGGCUGGUUCUUGGUCUCCAGAGGAAAAGUGCCGCAUUGACUCAUCGCCGUUUCCCGCACCUUUUCUUUACUUCCUCGUUUCCCGUCCCCUCUCCAUCUUCUUUAGCCAUUUCUUCCCUCACUCUUAAUUCUCUCCCAAGAAUCCAAAACAAAGGUCCGCCUGGCCAAUUCAUCUCCCUUUAA